GUCCUCUGCAACAUCAGCCCACUCUUCCACAUAUUCCCAACCAAGAUGACAUCGUCGACGUCGGGGCCGUCCGCGUCGAAACGGGAGCAGAUGGACAUGCAUCGAGAGUACAUGAAGAGAUAUCAGCAGCAGGCAUCGCACCUCACAGCCGAGACGGUCAAGUACAAAGACUACUACGAGACGCUGGGUGUUGCCCGGACGGCCACGCACGCCGAAAUUCGGUCGGCAUACCGCACGCUCGCUUUGCGCUUCCACCCCGAUCGAAACCCAUCCAAGGAGGCUGAAGAACGAUGGGACGGUGUGCCUGCCGCGUACGCAGUGUUGAGCAACCCGAACGACCGAAGCGACUAUGACGCGUCCCUCGAGACCCGCGACGCCCUCGUCCUGUUUUACUCCACGUACAACCCCGCCAAGCUCGAUCAGUGCACGAUUCAAGCCGUGAUCGACGGCUGGCACGGACGCGAAGUCGAGUUGUUCCGCAUGCUCAACGACAAGUACGAGAUUGCACCGCAUCAAGGGACCAAGUCUGGCAAGGACGUGUGCGACAUCUUGCUGCCCGAAGACAAGGCAGCAUCCAUCGCGCGGGACCACUUGGCAAGCGCCGAAGUCAAGCCGGCGUCGGUGUCAUUGUUUGACUCACUGCUGUCCAUGACGCAAGGCAUGUGUGGUUGCGCCGCCAAGACGUACUACGAAGUGAACUCGCAAAGUCCAGGAUUCAUCGACAUUCCGAGCAACUCGAACACGCCGGGGACGGCGCCACCGGCCGUCGUGGGCGACGGGAAGAAAGUGGUCGACGAAGACGCCAAGCGUAAUGCCGCGGAACGUGGUGUGGCCGCGACACCGGCAUCGACACUGACAGAUAUUCCGCUGGACCCACCCGUCGCAGUGCGUGGCGCUGGGUUUGCCACGGCCGUGUGACCGCAAUGCCGCGACGCCACGGCGGCGAUGGCGAACAGGAAGCAUGUGUAUUUAGAAAGCAUGGCGUGGGGUUUUUAGUUCGAAGUUUGGAUUUUUCGUUCCAUGUGAAGGGCAGGUUGACCACCGGGACAAGUGCGCGCCGCUCUACGAGCCCCGCACGCUAUAUCUAUUUGGAUGAAAUUGCACGCCCAGUCCGUCGCCCGCCGAUGGGUUGCUGCGCGCCGCGACCAACUACGACAUGCCGCCGUUCCCCAUCUGUUUGAAGCAUCUAAUUCAAGACAUCCAGGACGCUGGGAGCGUGACGAAGGGCUAGCCACCAAGAUGGCAAUGCGGUCGACCGUGAAGUGCGGGCUGACGACACAUGCAUUUGGGGACACAAGCGUGGGGUGCACGGCGGCCGCACAAGGUCGAACCCUAUCUCGCUUGCGCUCCAUGCAGCAGCAGCAGCAGCAGCACAUGGCGACGUCAAUCAUGUCAAGGUUUUUCGCAUUCAAGGUACAGUCGUUCAUGUGUCAUAGCAACCAGUUGGAUUCGUGGUCGUCGGGCAGUUUAAGCGUCCACAGUCGGUUCGCCGGGUUCAGCACGGCGUAGUCUACGAGAGACAACGGUCAGGUUCCGUUGAGGCAACCACACACUGCGAUCCAUCGCAGGUCCAAGCAGCGCCAUGGUUGCAGAGGGAUGGAGGAGGCACGACGGACCGGUCAAGAGCGUUUUUGCCAACAUAGCAGGGAUCGCAUACUUUUGAAUCACGUCAUUCCGCGAGAUGUGCACGGCGUUCGCGAGCUACAAGUUGGCCGGAACGCGUUAGUGUUGUCGAUGUGCAUGUUGCAGAACCACCACAACGCGUGGCCACGAUAGCUGGCUGCGCCAUUCCGAACCAUUUGUGCACGACCCCCGCAUGAAGCCAGACAGUCCAACCAACACGAG